CAGUAAGAAACGAUUGGCCAUAAUAUUGACUGGUAUCAUUCCAAAGUUUUAGAGUCCUGCCAAAAAUUGAGUCAGAGGCUAAAGUCUUUGUAUGUGUACAAACAACCUGCUCCUCUCAAUUGAGAGUGUGGCCCUCUUCCACCAGUGUACCAGGCUCUGAUAGAACAAUGAUCAUCAUGCAUUCCAUAUCUCUAUGUGUCAGUUGUUGUAGUCACUCUCUCUCUAACUCCCUGAGGAUUGCACUUGUAUAAGUGUCAAAACGUGUAUGGCAUUUUUUGGGGUAUUCUACUAUGUGUAGUGUUGUGUUUCCUCUUGUAUCACAGGCAUCAAAUGACCCCACUCAUGUAUGCCUGUCAGCACAAUAGAGUAUUACUGGCCCAGCUACUUUUGGCUCACAAUGCUGAUGCAGAUAUUAAAGAUAUACGUGGAUGGACUGUGAAACUGAAAUGCUGGUGGCUGCUGAUGGUUGUGUGGAUGAUUUACUCCAGAAGAAAGGCUUUUAUCUAUGCUGCUAGUAAUGGAAACAAGACUCUUAUGAAACAUCUGAUACCAAGUUCUUGUGAUCAACAUCGUGAUUUCUUAAGGAACUCUGCUUCUUUUCCCAUUCAACAAUCAAGAUAUGCUGCAUUUCAAUGCUAAAGAGACGCCACAUUUCUCUGGUCAAUCCUCCAGUAUCUCGCCCUUCUUCUCCCGCAAACCAGACUUUGACUUUCUUCAAUGAAUCAUAACUUUUCUUCUUCACUGUGCGCAAAAGAUCACACAGAACAUACUCGCGUCGUAUUUCAUAUGCACAAGCUUCUUUCUUUAAUCCCAUUUCCAACAUCAUUACUGCUUCGGAUAGUGAGUUAGGAGAUCUAUGAAAACAGCAUAAUAUGAGUGACGGCAUAUAUAAUGAACCCAUACUGAGGCUUCCCCAGUUUGGUUCCCAGACCUUA